AUGUCUCGUCGCCGUUCUGACGGUUCAUCCGUCUCAAGCUACUCUUCAGGAAACUCUCGGUCGUCGUCGAGAUCAUCUUCGACUUCAUCCUCCCGGUCAGGAAGCUCCAAGAAAUCGAGGAUUUCUCAGGUUUCUCAUUCCAAUAUCAAAAGCGACCAUUGGUCUGUGUCUUUUAUGAAAUGGACUACAGGUGCCCCUCUCGGCAAACCGCUUUCCCUUCGAAGGACCAAGGUCCGCGAAAUUGAGGACGACUGGGGAUAUGAUGAUGGAGCCACAGUCUAUAGCGAUUCUUCGUACACUCAAUAUGCGUGGGUCACUCCAAAAUGGGACGACAGCAUUUCCGAGAUUGCGUCUAGGUCAAGCAGCCGAUCGGCCGGCCAGCUGAGGAGGGAACACCGGUCGCGAGGGCCACCCCGUUUUGCCCCUUCUCCGGCCAUGCAUCAACCACCUCCCUUGCACCAUCCCCACCCAUCACCGCCGCCGCCACCGCCGGCGUUCAUGCCUCCACCUCCGAUGUGUGAUGAUGACCAAGGCUACGACGACUACCCGCCAGAGCCCAUGUUCCACCAGCAUCCGCCACCUCCGCCUAUGGGUGCUCCUGGUGACGGUGCCGGCUUCAUCAAUCUUGGGGCCAGCGGUGGCGGCGGCUCGCGGAAGUAUGAGCCUUGUCCUGACCACCAAGUUGAGUUCCUGCCCAUCACUCACCGCACCUGUUCGGUUGUUUCCAUUCCACAAGAAGUUCUUAACCCUUGUUCCCAACGUCUGAUACACAACAUCUCGAAAAGCCCCAACACCUCAUCCUCUGGGCAGGGCUGGUUUACCGUAUUUGCGAACAUCACAAAGAGCAUGGAGACCUACCCCCACUCUACGGGUGCAGACCCCAUGAAUACUUCAGACCCCAGCGCCGUUAAUGCGCCGCCGCAAAUGGCUCUGCUGGACUUCUUCUUCCCAGGAUUCAGUGUCUUUUCCACAGCCUUUCAGAAAUACCUAGGCGUCGACCUCAACGUUUAUAUCCCGCUGGUAAUUCUGUGUGGCGGGGCCACCUUUGCAUGGCGAUACUUCAGUGAAUAUGUCUGGGAGAAGAUUGAUACCCACCUCAUGUCCACGGUUGAAGUUCGAACAGACGAUGAAAUAUACAAUAUCCUCAUGUCUUGGGUCGCAGCACAACGCUUCGCCAAGAACUCUCGGCGGUUUGUUGUGAACACCAACUUGAACUCUCGAUCAUGGUUUCUUUGGCGCUGGGAUGAGGAUGACGACGAGAACAAUGAUUCCGAAGAGCCGUCAGCGGGACCUGGCCCAAAGAAAAAGCCGCUCGCCUACACUCCCAGUUUUGGUAGCCACACAUUCUGGUAUCGCGGGCACCUUCUUCUCUUCAAGCGCAGCCAGAAUCAGCAGCAGGCGUCAUACUUGGUGGUCAGCGAGCGCGAAGAAAUCAGUGUUUCAUGCUUCGGCCGCAACCCCUGGAUCCUCAAGGAGUUGCUUCAGGAGGCACGCACGGAAUACCUCAAGAAGGACUCUCAGAAGACUAUGAUCUAUCGCGGUAGCACACGUGCCGGAACUACUGAGCCUUCCUGGCAGCGAUGCAUGGCGCGGACAUCGCGACCUUUCUCGACCGUCAUUCUCAACGAGAAGACUAAAAAGGAGCUCGUAGAAGAUGUUGCCGACUAUCUCUCGCCGGCAACCCGCAAAUGGUAUUCGAACCGUGGUAUCCCUUGGAGGCGCGGCUACCUCUUGACCGGCCCUCCUGGAACUGGAAAAUCUUCCUUGUCACUGGCACUAGCCGGCUUUUUCAAGAUGAGAAUUUACAUCGUGAGCCUGAACUCCAUCUCAGCUAACGAGGAGAAUCUUGCCACUCUCUUUGCCGAGCUGCCUCGGCGAUGCGUAGUUCUUCUUGAGGACAUUGACACUGCCGGUCUCACACAUACCAGGGAAGAGAACGAUGUUACGGACAACGCGGACGCCAAAGAGGGAGCGGGCGACAUGGUUCCAGGACAACUCACCCCUGGAAACAGCACGACAUCAAAUACUAGCAGGCUCUCACUAUCUGGACUGUUGAACAUUCUUGACGGCGUAGCCAGUCAAGAGGGCCGCGUGCUGAUCAUGACCACAAAUCAUGUCGAGAAGCUCGAUAAGGCCCUCAUACGACCCGGCCGAGUGGACCUCGUCGUCAAGUUCAGUCUCGCAGAUGAAGAAAUCGUUGGAGCUAUCUUUCGGGCUAUUUUUGCUCCUCUAGAGGGUGAUGAGGAUGAGAUGGCAGAACGAAAACAGACGACCGAGGAUGCGGAAGCCGAUAAGGCAUUCGCUGAACAGGAAGCCAAACGCAAGGCAGAGAUCAGUGCGAGAGUUGACAAGUUGUCGAACGAGUUCGCUGCAAAUAUUCCGGCCCAUGAGUUUAGCCCAGCCGAGAUUCAGGGAUUCCUGAUGAAGCAUAAGCGUAGCGCUGAGAACGCGGUGGCCGCAGCAGCAGAAUGGGUUGUCGAGACGCGCAAAGAGAAAAAGGAGAAGGAGCUCAAAGCGGCUGAGGAGAAGCGACAGGCCGAGGCAAAGAAGAAGGAGAACGAGGAGAAGAAGCGGCAAGAGGAGGCGGAAGAGGAAAAGAAAAAGACUGAAAAGGAUCGUAAGAAGCGGGAAAGCAGAGAGAAGCGGGAGAGCGAGAAAAUCACCAAGAGGAGUAAUGCUGCGUCGGGCGCUACUGAUUCGGCCGACUCUGACUUCGAUUCCGGCCCUGAUUCCGGCUCUGAAGUGGAGGCUCCUGUCCAUGUGAGCGUCGGGUCCGUAGUAGCAGAGAGCCAUCAGUCGGAGGAACCAAAGCCGGUGGCUGACAGGGCCAAAUCUCAAAGUGAGGGCGAUAGCGUCAGCCGGAAGCGAGACUCGGGUUACGGUACCCCUGUGGAGGUAUAA